AUGAACUUAAAUGGUUUUCAUAGGUAUCCUGAUGGCACUGUACGUCUUCGUAACCCGAAUAUUGAACUUAUGGACCAAGACAUUCUUUAUCACCUGGCUCUGGGCAGCGGUUCCCAUGACCUUGUCGAAAUGUUUGGAGAUGUUAAGUUUGUGUGUAUGGGUGGAACCCCAAAACGGAUGGAGCAGUUCGCAUACACGAUCAUGGCGGAGAUUGGGCACAAGUUACCGUGCGGCACCACUCUGCAGGACAUCAGCCAGUUUUCUUACCGAUAUUCUAUGUACAAAGUCGGGCCCGUACUUUCUAUUAGCCACGGAAUGGGCAUCCCGUCCGUGGGUAUCUUGUUGCACGAGGUGAUAAAGCUCAUGUACCACGCGAAAGUUCGUGAUCCGGUCUUCUUCAGGAUCGGCACGUGUGGCGGCAUCGGCUACGAAGGUGGCACUGUUAUAAUUUCUGAGGAAGCUGUUGACGGUGCUCUUAAGAAUGCUCUCGAACUGACGGUGCUUGGAAAGAACAUCCAGAGACCCGCGAAGUUGGAUAAAAGGUUGGCGCGUGAACUAAAAGCUCUAUCGGACCCCGAGGACCCGUACGACACGGUCACGGGCAAGACCUUGUGCACUUAUGAUUUCUAUGAAGGACAAGGUCGUCUUGAUGGUGCGUUUUGUGACUUCACGGAGACAGAUAAAAUGGAGUACCUGGAGAGCAUUCACAAGGCAGGAGUCGUUAACAUCGAGAUGGAGUCGCUGGCGUUCGCGGCGCUGACCCACCACGCCGGCAUCAAGGCGGCCGUCGUGUGCGUCACCCUGCUCGACCGGCUCAAGGGGGAUCAGGUAUUAGCUCCUAAGGAGGUGCUGGAUGAGUGGCAGCAACGGCCAACCAAGCUUGUAUGUCGAUACAUUAAAAGGUAUUUGCAAAUGAAAGGACGAUUGUCUUUGGAAGGUCACGGAUCUAUUUCCGUCAAGAGCCCGCGGCGCUUUAAACUAGUGCAGCAGGAAUCGGAAACUUACGACUAAUGUGAGCGACGAUUUCCUAUAAGAGUGUAUAAUGACGAAAUGCUCUCAUCGAGUUUAUCGCAUACAGUUUUGUCGAGGAUAGAUCAAAUUUUUUUGCUACGUUUAUUUUUCUGACACUGCCUGUUUAAUCUUUUGAGGAAACUGUAAUAUUUUUUUAAGAGAUUUAUUUAAGAUUGUGUAUUAUUUUAAAUUAUAAAACUUAGUGAAUUCGUAGUCUUAAAAUGUUUUAAGUGAGUGAGUAGUAGUGGGUUAUGUGAGUUCCACUGACGUCAAGUUUAUUUGUUACUCACUCUCUUAUACACUUGUGACUUUAGAUAUUUUAAAAUUGUUUAAUUUACAAAAAAAAAAAAUAUUCUAAACAUAGUUUGUACUUGACUGUUUAAAAUUGGAGUGAAAAUUUUACAUAUUUUUUUUUUGUAUUUCUAUUUGUAAAUCUGUAUAGUUGAAAAUCCUAUUUCUCUUACUCUUCAGAACAUAUCGAUUUGAUACAAAAUAUUAUUUAACAAAUAUGGUUGAAACAAAAACUUUACAUUCCAUACAUUAUUCUAAUAGUUACAAAUUAAUGUUAAUGAAAGGUAAUUGCUAACGAUUGCUUGACUUUCAAAAAUUUAUGUCUUGUGAGUGUUUCAAGGCAAAACACAAUGUUAGUUACUUGUCCACUGUUUAAAGGCGACUAAUGUUACUUAAUAUGUUGUUUUAAUUACUAAAAAGACUAUAGAUACCGUACCCUACAGAAUAAUCUAAAAUAUCUACUGAACUUCGGUAGGUGAAGUUUUCUCUACUUCUACUCAUAUAAUAUUCUUUGAAUACUAUAAUGUUAUAUUUAUAUUCCAUACAAAUCUAUAUAAUUUAUCCAAUACGAUAAAAAGAGAAAAUUAUUACUGUGUGUUUAAAACCAUUACGUUUGUAUCCUAUUUUGAUUUUAUCAUUCUAUCAAACAUUAUACCAUAACAAAUUAUUAUAUAACCGCUUGUAUUGGCAAUUUGGAGUAUUUGAAACUUACGUAUAUAUUCUACUACUCUAUCAUAUAUGCUCGUUUUAUGAUAAUAUAUAAUAUAACACACUAGUUCAUUAGUUAUGUAAUCCUUGCAUAUCUCACUUUUAGCCGUUUACGGUAUUGUUAGAAAAUAACGCUAUUGAUAUUGUGAUAUAAUUUAGUAUAUUUAUUGUAUUCUAUUAAUUUAUUUUAAAAAAAUGUGAGUAUUUUUACCUAAUUAUUACUUUUCACUUUCUACAUUUUCAUUGACAAGCUUUUAAAACCUAUUAAGUUUUUUAAUAUACAAUAUGUAGAUAAUAAAUAACAUCGAAUUAUGUAAUACAUAAUUUUAUUACUAUUUAUUAAUAUUUCUUUUAUUGAAAUGGUCAUAUAUAAGAUCAAAAAAAAAAAAGAUAAUAAAUAAUUUUUGAACAAUCAGUCAUAUAUAGUUAUUGUUGUUUGUUAAAAUUAUGCAUUUAUUGAUUACGAUGUUGUAAUAAAUUGUUUUUUUGUUUGUUAUCACAAUGUAGAGCUUUCAUUGAUCAUUUAGUUGAAAGGACCGACCGCUCAAUAAUGAUCAAUAUUAUAUAGAUUACUCACGCUUUAUAAUAACGCUGUCAAUGUUUAAUCGUUAUAAAAUAAUGUUAAAUGAAUGGAUAAUAUGCUGUUUAAAACGAAAGGAAAUAUUUAUAGAAAUUACUUAUAAGUAGUUAAGAUUACGUUAAAGUCGCAUCAAUGAAGAAAAUGUUGCUAUCAUAUCAUGAUGUGACUUUAUGACCUAUCUAAAAGACCUAUGUUUAUGGCACCAAUAUUUUUUAUGUUAAGAUAAUUUUGUAAUGUUAAGAUAUAAUAACAAAAGGAGCGCUAUUAAACGUUUAAUAUUCAUUUGUCGCUUAAAAUAAUGUUUACUUUAAAUUAACUUAGCACGAUUAUGUUUUCUACUUAUGUUAUUAGGCGUAUAUUUUAGUUGCUUACACAUUCUCUGAUAAUUAAUUUAUUGGCUUUACAAUUAUUCCAGAAAAUGUUAUACAUUUUACGAAAAAUAGCAAAUAUAAUAAGAAAACUGGUUGUCUUGUUACAAGUACACAAAUUGUAGGAUUUUUAUAAAUAUAUCCGUUACUUACGUGUAAACUGGACAUUUUACAUUAAGCGCUGUGUCCGCUUGCAUGUGUUAUUUAUUGAAUAAAGUUUGUUUCCUCGA